CCGUGUAUUCUCCAUUUUUUAGUCGUAGUACAGUCAUUUGGCAUUUAUUUUACCAUGGGAGUUGCUGUGACUCGACAGAAGCAUCCAGAUGUGAUCGUGUACGUGAAAGCGGGGCACAGUGGGCAGCUCCCCGAAGCGACGUAUACAGAAGCCAACGAUAUAUACGUGGUGCUAUACAACCAAAAUGGCGUUCACUCUCAUGAAGUGAAGCUAGCCUACCCGUACGUAUUUCAACAACACAACGAUCAUCACAGCUUCACCAUUACACACAAGUUCCUCAUCGCUGGUCUUAGAAAUUUCGGGCCCAUCGAAAAGAUAGAACUUUGGCGCAAACCAAGAAAGCGCAAAGGAAAGAAAGAUGCUCCCGAAGGUUGGUAUGUGGAACGAAUCGCAGUCGAGAGCAUAUACGAAAAAGAUUGCAUCUCAAUCUUCCCCGUUCAUCGAUGGGUGUACACCGAUAUCAAAUACAAUUUUCAUCGUUACGGCGUUUCUUUGCCACAAAAUGACAGCGACAUGUAUAUUCGUGACAAAGAACUUGAUUUGAAACGUAGCAUGUACAGUUUGGACGUGAAAACAAAAGGAUUGCCACCUCAGGUGAAAUCUUUACCUGUUGAUGAAGAAUUCUCGUUUCCCGAAAAGUGGGAUAUUGGUAAAAGAAAACAACGUCUCAUUGAAGAAAAUCAACUUGAAGACAUUGGAUGUGGUGAAUGGGAGUCUUUCGAGGAAAUGAUGUCUGUUUAUCGGGGCGAUUUUGAGAAACCAAGGUGUUUAGAUCAUGACUGGCAGAGUGAUAAACAUUUUGGUGAGCAGCGACUUGGUGGAUGUUGCCCCAUGCUGAUCAGCCUGUGUACCAAGAUACCAGAAAAGCUAUACGUAACUGACCGCAUGGUGGAGCCCUUUCUGGAAGGUUAUUCUCUGGCGGCUGCCAUAGAACUGCGGAGAAUGUUUGUGAUUAACUUAGAGAUAUUAACAGAUAUACCGUGUCAGAGAGGUCAAGUGGCCGCUCCUAUCGCCUUAUUUUACUUGAACAAUGCUAAAGAGUUAAAACCUGUUGCGAUACAACUAUAUCAAACAAGAAACAAAGAUAAUCCGGUGUUCCUUCCAUCGGACCCCCAGUACACAUGGUUGAUGGCUAAAAUGUGGUACAACCACGCCGAGUCCACUUACCAACAAACAUGGGCACAUAUUGGUUUGUCUCAUUUUAUCAUGGAGUCUAUAGCUGUGUGUACCCAUAGAAAUCUAUCCUCGUCCCAUCCUAUUUUUAAAAUACUGGCACCACAUUUCGUCCACCUUAUGGCAGUUAACAACCGAGCAUUGUCAUACAUACUAAACCCUGGAGGCUGGAUGGAUACAAAUACCAACAUUGGAAUCGUAGGACUCAAUGAAAUAACUAGAAGAAGCUUUGAGAAAUGGAGAUUGAAUAUUCAAGGCACAUUGCAGAGAGAUUUGCAGAACAGAGGGGUAUUGGAUGUGAACCUUCUGCCGUACUACCCGUACCGUGACGAUGCAUUUGCAUUAGAUGGCGCCAUCAGGAGAUACGUUAGAACUGUGCUAUCCGGACAUUACAAGAAUAGUAUGGAGGACAUUGAGCAAGACUCAGAAGUACAGAAAUGGAGAGAAGAACUUGUGGAGUCUUUAGAGGAGGGUGGUUGUGGACUUCAGGGUGUUCCUGGUAUUGAUAUGUUUGGUACGUUAGACGAGCUUAUCAACACUGUUUCUGGCAUACUGUUCACAUGUAGCGUACAUCACGCUGCUGUCACGUGCCCACAAUAUGACGAAUAUGGUUACCCGCCGAAUUACCCAACCUUGUUGAAAGAAGCGCCGCCAAAGAAAAGAAAGCGCUCCGAGUCAGCGAUAUUGUUAAGUGCUUGCCGUCCAAAGAUACUACAGUUGACAUCAUGGCAAUCUCCAAAAUAUUCAGUGGUCACCAUGGCAACCAUUUGUCAGAAUAUGAAGUACAGUUCCUGUAUGAUCCAAUAGGACUGUCAUCAUUGCGACAAUUUCGCAACGAGUUGAGAGAAAUAUCUAAAGGUAUCAACAUGCGCAACAAGGGACGCCAGGGUCAUCACUAUGACUACCUCCACCCUGCUAUAGUGCCGAAUUCUGUAUGCAUCUGAGACGAUCACAUUACGUUUUAUUUUCUACUAAGAUAACAACCUACACAUAAAUAUCCCGUCAUUUUUCAGUAAAUUGCGUAAGGUAUUCACAGUUUUG